AUGCAGCUCUACGGUUUUGGAGUGCUAGUUUCUCGCCAACACUACCAUGCGAGGAAGAGGUCAGGUGAGCCACCAGUGUACUACCUGUACCGAAUCAAUGUGAGUGGACUCAUGGCGAAGAUCAAGAUCAAGGACGGACCGAUCAAGGUACAAAAGGAGCAUGUCGAGCACUACAUCGAGACUUAG